UUUGCUUUACAUACAUCUAAGCUCUUGAAGAGAAAGAAACAGAAAUCCAAGGAAAAUCUUCACCUCCUGCUUCUGGCCUUUAGGAGUACCAAAUCUGUCAUCCUUUCCGCUCUCUUACUCCAAAUACCUCUUUAUCUGCACAAGCUUUUCUCCAAAUGAAGACUUCUUUAUCAAUCUGUCUUCUUCUUCUUCUUCUGUCCCUUAUCCUUUCUCAAGUCCAAGGUAUUCGCUUGGAAAAAGGGUUUUCAUCAGCUGGACAUCAGAAAAUCCAGGUAGAGGAGGGUUCCCCAAUCAAGAUCACAAGUAAUGGUGGACUAGUCGGAGAAGUUACUCUCUGCAGAGAUGGGCACUGUUCAUCAGGAAUUAAUAGAAAACUUAUGACCAAGACCACCUCUACUUCUUCUACUACUCCCACCACCAAUUCAAAGAAUGUGAAGAAUGGAGGCAAAUCGGGGGACCAAGUACCCGGUAGGGAAGAAGAGAAUUUCUAUGUGAAUGCAUCGCCGGUUUCCGAGCACCCGGAGGCGGCGCCCGAGGGCUAUCCGGACAUUAUAGACAUAGCUGGGAUGGAUUAUUCUCCUGCAAGGAGAAAACCUCCAAUACACAACUGAGUGUAGGGAAACAAGUAAAAGCUAUAAGUUUAGAAAAAUAAAAAGGGGAAUGAACAGAAGUUGGACAGCAUUACAGAAAUGCUGCAGUUUUUUAGGGUUAGGAAUGAUUUUGUGCAUAUAUUCUAUUAUUAUUCUUAUACAUUUUGGUGAUUGAGCCAUGAGCACCUGGGGGCCUUUCCAGCCUCUGUAAUCUUAAUUUAUCUUACAUCGAAAAUAUCAAAUAAAAUCAGUUUAGUGUUAAUGCAUUA